CUGGGCGCGGCGGGGAGCGGGUAAGCGGCGGGGGCGUUACGGGACGCGGGGGGUGCGUGUGGGCAGCGGGGCUCCCUGGAGCCGCGGUGAGGGCUGUGGGCCGCGUUCUCUGCCCGGGGAGUUCUCCUUGGGUGCUCUGGGGCGCCCCCCUGCCUCCCCCGGGGCUCUCCGCCAUAUGGAAGCUGCGCUCUAACAUCGGUGCCACUUUCUAACCGGCGCAGCUACGUCGGUAGUAGGAGCAACAAGGUUGUUACGUGCCUGGGGCACAGGUAGAGCUGUUUUGAUUCUUGUUCCCCUUAACCUGGUCUUAAGAAGUGUGGGGGGAAGUCACUUGUCUGUGAUAACACGUUGUGGUUUAUGUAUGGGUAUCUUGAGCUCUGCUUUGGUAGUGUUACAGCAAGAUUUUUUAAAAUUUAAUAUUAUAUAUAAUUAAUUAAUUAAAUUUUUAAAAGUUGCCUAAUGCUUCAGUGAGAGAUGAAGUUAAAGUUAACCAUCAUAAGAAAGCUCACGUUUUUGAAACAAAAAUAACGUUAGAAGCACAUAAUGAAAUCAUAGUAAGGUGUGGGGUUUUUUGGAGGGUGACUUCUAUUGAUGACUUCUGGUAAAUGAUUAAAAUUACUUUCAUUAAGUGAUUUUAAACGGUGUCACUUUAAUGACGAUGCUCAGCGGAUGCGGGCGCAAGAAACAAGCCAUGUUUGCCUGUGAGGAGGGGCUGACAUGAAGUUAUCCCUUAGGGGGGUCUGUUUGCAAACCUUCCCGUGCGGGCAGGAGGCCUGGAUCACGCUGUUGGUAUCGAGUGGGCAGAGCUGGUGUAACCUGUAUGUUAAUCCCAGAAACAGGGGUAAUGUUCAUUAAUUAAAAUUGUUAAGCCAAGAAACGGGUCUGAGCUUCCAGUCUCCCCUCAUGCUCCACCUGCAGCUUGUGUUCUGCUCCAGUACGUCACUCAGUUCCUUAUGAACUAUGUUUCACCGCUCUGGAAACUUCCUCUAGAGUUUGAGUCGGUGACUUGCGUCUUUAGAAGCAUGUGAAACCCAGUUUAUGGGCCUGUUGGUUGGUCUGCAUGCCCUCGCAGGGGGAAGAGUUACAGACAGGACUGUAAUUUGCUGUGCUGUACGUAAGAUUAUAGUUGGGUUGGAGACCAGUGACUAUAACAGAAAACUUUUGUGUUUUACGUAAAUAGUUCAGAAAGCAUAUGUAACAGAAAUACGUCUUAACAUUUGUAUAUACCCUUCUCUUCGCUACAAGCUUCUGGGGAAGAUGGAGAGGAAUGGACGAGUAUGAGAAAAAAGCUUCACAGAGAACAUCUUCCAUCUCUAAGUGCUUUUUCUCUUGUUUUUUGUUCAUGUUUGCUAUGAAACUAGGUUUGUUGCCGGUGCAGAGCAGGUGUAUUGCUUUGCUUUGGUGUAUUGUCCAGCUUUCUUCUUUUGCUAAAAUAAAUGCUCUGAUCCAAGAAGCCAUCUUCCUGUCCUCCUUUAUGACUUACGCUUUCUGGUUGUAAAGAUUCUCAGGAUUUCUUAUGGUUCUCUGCUUGAUAAACAUUUCUUCUUGUUUCCCCAGAAUUAAAAGUAAUGUGCUUCCGUUACCCCCUUGUCCAACACCUGAAGAGUGUUUAGUUCUCAAGGUACACAGAGCUCUUAAGUUCACCUCUUGACUCAUUUAAAAUUUUUAUAGCUCCUGGACUGAAAUAUAGUCCCUACAGUAAAUAUACUGGUCGUGGAUCAAGAAGGUGUAAGCUUUUUGUGGCAAGGAGUGCUUAGAGGCCAGUAUACAGUCAGGAAUGGUGUGAGCUCUGUUUGCAGUCACCGAGUCCAUUACCAUCAGCAUCUUGACUUUCAGAGUCAGUAUGUGCGUCUAAACACCUCUUGUGCUGUCAUGGAGUUAGCGUAUGAUGUAAAUAGUUUACUGUGUAUCAACAGGGAGUCUGAUGAUUCACCAGCCAAGAAAUGCUUCAGCGGUAAAAGGAUGGAAACUUCACCCAAGAGUGUAAGGAAAUAGGAUUAAUUGGUCUCUGAGGAUGCUUUUAUUUAAUUGAAAUCGAACAAGCAAGAACAGCAAAUUCGUAUUACAACCUUCCAUGAGCUCUUAGAAUUUCUUUGGGAACACGUCAUGUAAUUCCUAGCUUCUAUACUAGUGUGCAGUAGGUAAAAAUAAGAUGGUUAAUUUAAUGUAUUUUUUAAAUAGUAAUGUCCUGUAUACUAUGGGGUAUCUCAAACUUCUCUUGAUUUUUAUUAAGGUGAGAAGCUGCUAGGAAGAGACAAGCUCAUGACUUUGAGAGGUUGAAGUAGAAGUGAGUUGUGUGGAUUACUUCUGAGGAGGAGGGCUUAAGUGUUUGUACCAUGGAAUUAGAAAAUAGCAGCGAUGUUAACAGCAAAAGGAAAUGCAUCAGUCAGACCUCCCAUCUUUUUCCUUACUGUGAGGAAGCUGAAUGCACGCUCGUCAGAGGUGUUGAAGCAGGAGCUAACCACUCAGGUUUUGGCCAGGAACAUUCUGCCAAUGUUUCAGAAUUAAAGUUGGCAGAGGAAAGCUUACCUUAUUUAAGUUCAUCUUUAGAUGCAGAUAUUGAUAUGUAUAAUACAAAGAUAAUGAGAAUUUGCUGUGCACAGGUAGAUGUUAGCAAGAAAGAAGCUGAUGUGUUGGAAGGGGCAUGUGACAAUGAAGGGUGUCAUGACAGCAGACAAAGCCAUUUAAGUGAAGAUUCGGAGUAUCUUAGUGUUCAUGAGCAAGAUUUUGAUGAUAGGAAUAGCUCAGUUGAGUUUUCUGAGCCAAGGGAAACUAUAGGAAUUGAAACCUUAAAGCUGAUCGAUCCAGUUCGUGAAGUUCCAGGGGAUGGAGUCACACAGGAACAAAAUCUUGUUGAUGUGUCACAAGAUUGUUCUCCUGGUUCUGAGUAUGGCGUAGGUGACCAGACCUGCCCAGAAGCAGCUGUACCAGCACUUCCCCACCUGUUUCGGGACUCUCUGUCUCUGCCAGAUUGCAAUGGCAUGACUUGUGAUCAUCAAGAAGAGCAAGCUGAAUAUCAUAGUGGUGUUUGUGGAAGUAUGCUUGGAAGUCAUUCUUGUGGGAAUGAAGGUAGGGUCUGGCCAAAUCUGCUGGUACGUGACAGUAUACAAAAUGGCGAGGUGAAAGACACAGCACUGAUUGAUGGCACGCUGCCACCCCAAAUCUUUACAAGUGAAGAAGUGUCUGAAAAGAAUGAUGGACGCAUUCACAGCAUCUCGGUGAAGCAGGACAAUCCUUUACUGUCACCAAGGGAAGAGGCCCCUGCAGAAGCUAUGCAAUUUUGUGAAUGUGCACGGGACUCUGAUUUCUACAGUUGUGAAGAAUCUGGUGUGUGCGCACAUGGUACCAGCUGCACUGACUGCACUACAAAGGAUGCUGAAACCCAAUUUGCAGUCUCUGAAAUUCUCACUAGCAAGAAUAUCUUUUUUGGGGUGGAAGUUGCAGAAGAAUCCUCCCACGGAAAAACCAGCUGCCUGAACUCCGAGUUGGAGCAUCAUGAAACCUUGAAAAGUGUUGCCAGUGACUCUAUGAUUAACCAGGCUGUUGAUGCGAGUUCUGAUUUUAGAGCUUGCUUUACAACAAGCAGAAGUACCAGUGCUCAGGUUUGUGUCUCAUCAAUGGCUAUUAAUACAGAAAUAACAAUGAUGAACAAAUCUCGACCAGUGGGAAGGCGUCCUGAAACCUGUGCAGACGUUGCUUGCAAUACAGACUGGUCAUGUGGAGAGGGUAGCACAGAGGAAAUUCAGUCACAGCUUACUGACAUGCUGAAAAAACAUGCCGUUGGCAAUACUGCAACAGCUGAAAGUUCACAAACUCAGGAGCAUCAGGAGUCAAAAAAUGAGCUGCGUAGCAGUGGUGUAAAGAUAAGCACUGACAGCCUGGUACACCUUGACAAAAAAGCUGUGAAGAAUUCUGCAUCAAGCUACUGUCAAAAAAUACUGCAGAGAGCAAUUGAAGCAGAAUUGGAGGUUCUGAACACUCAUUAUCAGAUGUGCUAUCAACACUGCUUGAAGAUUUACAAACUGGCUUUGGAGGAAAACACAGAUUUUAGCAGGCACUUGAUCUUGUUUUCUUAUGCAUAUUUUAACAGAUGUAAUGGAAAUACUAAAUUAUAUUCAUCUCUCAUGUCGGUUUUGGAAGAGCUAAGAAAGAAUUACAACAGUAUGAGAACGAAAAUAAAAAUGGGCAUAUCUUUAAAUGCACUUCCACCGCUAUCAGUUGAGAUUAAGUUGUUCCCAAUCUCAUCUUCUUAUGUCCCCUGCAAGUUGAUCGGAAAGGAUCUUUGCUAUGAUUCUGUUUCAGAAAGAAAAGCUGUCUUCGAAGCACCAAAACUGCAAGAAAAGAUGAUCUCUGUUGACAUGGACUGUCCACAGACUGUAUGUUCAACUGCUGCUGGUCAGCCAAGUGACUCUUCUUCAUCCAAGACAUUUGAGAAACGUAAAGGUCAGGACACGGAACGUGACUCUAUCAAAAAAGAAGAAGGGAAUGAAUAUUGGUUUGAUGCUAAAGAGGACGUGACAAUAGCAGAUUCUUCAGUAACAGCUGAAGAAAAGAAAAAGCAAAAAGGAGAACAAGAUAUGAUUGAUUUAAGAGCCGCGAAGACAAUGGAGAGUGGAAAUGAGUAUUCUUUUAUUCGUGUUGGUGGCCUUUGUUCCUCGGUGUCAGAGGGUGAUUUAAGAUCACAUUUCCAGAAGUACGGGAUUUCUGACACUCUUAUCUCUGUGGAUUCUGGUAACUGCAGAUACGCAUUUCUUUCCCUUAAAGACACUAAUAAAGCAAAGUUAGCUGUAGAGGAAAUGAACCAGAAAAAAAUAAAAGGAAAACCAGUAAGCGUUGAACUUGUAAAUACUUCAUCACAGACUAAAUAUUCAGUUUCCCAAGUACUCACAAAUAAGCUUUGGCAGGAAAUUCAACCUGUUGAUAACGGUCAAAGAAACAGUCAAGAUAAAACACUCACUUCAGCCUCCAAUUCUGUGAAGGCAAUUGACACCACCUCUGCUUCUGAGAAUAUGCAUCUCCUUCCCAUGACUUCUUCAAAAGUUUUUUGCUCUGCACAAGUACCUUCAGAAACAAAGUGCCCUGCUGUGAAAUCAUCUCCUGAAAUUUUGGCGCAUUAUUUGCUUGGAGUUAAUAAAAAGGAUACUGGAGAAAAAUUCCUGCAGAAAACAUCUGCUCCUUUCUCCACCAAUUCAUACAAUGAUUUCAUUUCUCCUGAUGCAGUGAACUCAAGCAGCUUUACCAAAUUAUUGAGGAGGCUUCAAGAAAUUCAUCCAGAGGCUAGUAGAGCCAAAAUCGUGAGUGCUCUGCUGGAGGUGAGGAAGAACAACAAAGGUAUCCUAAGUGGCUUGUCCAUCAGUUCUAUUGUGGAAAGGACCUCUGUCAUUCUAAGGAAAUCGACACCCACUUGUGGGUGGGAAAAACAAUGUAAACAGAACUGCCGCAGGUCACGCUCUCUGAGCGCCAGCCUUGCCUCCGACAGCCAGUGCUCGAACUUGGACCUGAAGCUGCACAUGGGGCCUCAUAUCAAGAUGAAACCAGGGGCAGGCCUUGCUGGGGCAGGUGCGGCCGGGGCCGGGGCCGGGGCCGGGGCGGUGUGUGCCGGUGGGCCCGCCCCCGCGCCGAGCACCCGCCUCCGGCGGCCCCGGGAGCGCAGCGGGGCGCGGGGGAGGAUCCGGCCCGCCGGGCCGCUCCGUGCCGUGGGGCGGCCGGGCUGGGGGCGCGGCGUGGCGGCGGCCAUGGCCCUGCUCCCGCGGCGCUUCCUCUGCUUCGUGCUGGCCCAUCACUUCAUCGCGGUGACAGCGUGCCAGGAGGCAGACUAUGGCUGGAUGAUCCGGCACUACUGCCUGAAGCAGUUCCAGCUCAGCAUGGAGGGCAUCGGGCAGCGGCUCUGGUGUGACUGGGAUGAGACCGUGGGUACCUACGGGGAGCUGACAAACUGCACAGCGCUGAUUGCAGAGAGGCUCGACUGCUACUGGCCCAACCGCCUGGUGGAUGAGUUCUUCGUGGCCGUCCACAAACAGUACUUCAGGAACUGCUCUCCCUCCGGCCGGGCGCUGCAUGACCCCCCCAACAGCGUCCUAUGCCCCUUCAUCCUGCUGCCCGUCCUCGUCACCCUGCUGAUGACGGCACUGGUGGUGUGGAGGAGCAAACGCAGUGAGGGUAUCGUGUAGGGACACCCGGCUGCCAGCGCAGGGGGGGGACUGGGGGACCAUACACACCCCAGCACGUGCCUGUUUUCUGGGAGGAUUCUGGCAGAGGAACAGUCGGUGGGGGUACCAAGCCCCGGAGGCAGAGGCAGCAACACCACCACUCCUCCCUCACUGGUACCCUCCGCACCACACAUGUGGCGUUUGCCCAGUGGUUUCCAAAUAAAUACAUCAUUUAAGACGCAGUUGUUUGGCAAUAUGGGAUGCCAGUGGCCGGCGAGGCCACCAUGAGCUACCCCGGUGGCAAGGAGCCCUCUUGGGGUACUGGGGAGCAUGGCUCACCCUGGGCAUGGGCACUGCUGCAGCUCUGCUUGGCCUUUCCCAGCUGCUUCCUUCUCAGCAUCCCCCAGCAUUGUGUGCCAAAAGAGGAAAUUUUUUUUAAAGAAAAAAACCCCACCCAAAACCAGGUCUGGGGUGGAGGGGUUGAAGUCCUGCCAGCCCUACAGUGCCAUCAUGGCAUCAUGAGGUGCUGGCAGGUGUAACUGCGAGGCUGGCGGGUCUGGGUACAACCCUGUGUAUCAAAACUACCAGCUUGCUCUUUUUGUCCUUUUUUGUUUCCACAGCAGGAAAGGCAUCUUCCCCCCUGGUCCCCAGGACCCUUGCAGGGGGUGGGGUUUGCCUAGGAGAUGGGGAGCAAUAGGUGACAGCUGGUGGCACUGGUGGUGGCCUUGGCGGUGCCCUUGGCAGUGCCCUGGGGCUAACAGGCAACAGGAAUAAGGUGCUUUUCCUACGUAAAUAAACACAUAAAUAAACCA